AUGGCAGCUCCCUCUAGACCUGGACAAAAUCCCAUCCAACAAAAAGGAAUGGCACGAAGCGAUACAAAAGUAUGGCCUUCAACAGCGCACCCUCGAGCAAAUGUGUAUGGAAGGGCCAAAGAUGCCUCCACGUAUAUUGCCAAUCUAGAGUAUUUCUCCAAUGAAGACCAUUCCGAUGAUGCAACAAGACUUAUAAGCGGAAACAUGCUUGGACUUGAUAAGCUGAAGACCUUGUAUCGCAUUAUAUGCACCCCAAAGGAACUCCGCAAGCGCACCCCUCCUGAAUACUUCGGCACGCUUGCAGAUGGGCUAGGCCCCUUCUCGAUGCUGGUUAAUUUGUACAACCAACUUCUGGAUAGAUCGAUUCAAGCCCCAAUCUAUGAACGUCUAUUGAGCGGGGCUCCCGAAAGGGCCAGAUUCUAUGACGCUACGAGGCCCUCAACAGUUGUAGAUCCUACAACUCCAACCCGCCAGGGCAUUAUCUUAGAGGAGCUGAUGACAGACGUCGAAGAUCAGCCAUUAGCCCGUUGUCCUGCUCGUAAGCGUCCACCUGCUGCAGCUUCAGUUACAGAACCAACAGAUGGGGAACCACCUCGCCGAACCCCAACCGAGACUCUACUUGCGGAUUUUAUGGUUACUCUCCUCAGGGGGUUAGCAAGCCUUGUACAGACUCUCAACCCCAGGCCCCUCUGCAUCGCAAAUGCCUUUGAGACGACCUAUACAUUCGGCCCUGUCCGUAAUACUUCUCAGCAACAAGUCGACAUUGGGUUCCGAGCCCGUAUUGAUGGGAGCAUCCCAUUCAGACUAUCUCUGGCUGGGAUGCCACGUGAAGCCGCGAUAUUCGAAGCAAAACGCGCGGCACGAGGGGAGAGCGGGGGUAGUAUCCCUGUUUUGGCCCAGUGCUGA